AUGCUCAUGCAACCUGAGGACCUUUCUCCUGAGUACCAGUACUUCAAAGACCCUAGAAUGGGCGGUGCGUUCCGCUCGAUGGACUUCUGUCCCGUGGUGGAGCCGAAUCCUGACACUGGAUGCACAGACGGCAAUUCAUUGGCAAUGCCCGGAAGCCGCGUUGGCCCGAAUUCAUUGUGUGUGAAGGGAGACUCCCUUGCAGUGGGUUCCUCUUCCCCAGGCGAUGUCUGCGUCGAAGUUUCUUGCGCCGAUGGGGCGGCGAAUAUCCGCUAUCUUGGUGACGAUGAGUGGUACCCGUGUCCUGAGGGGACCUCCAUCAGGCCGAGAAAGACCUUCUCUGGUGGCCGUAUUGUUUGCCCGAGGUACGCGGAGGUGUGUCCGGUUGUCAAGGACCGUUGUGUGUUUUCUGCACGUGGUGUUUUCAUUCUUUUCCCUGCUGCUGUUUUGUGGGUUGCAGCCAUGAUGUUCUUUUGA